UUUAGGGUCUCGAAAAGACAAUUGCAUACAUCCUGCGUGAAGGUCUUGUGCUUGUGGCAGAGAGAGAGAGAGGAGAUGGCUGUUCAGGCUGCCAUCAUGAACUCUCAGUUCUUAAACUUCUGUUUUCCUGGCUCGGUCAUGGAUUAUGAGGUGGAAAAGGGUCUGGAAGGGGGUCUCCUGGGCGAGGUGGACUGUGAGGGUGACUUUAGGGAGACCACUAGGGACCUGCUUAGCUUCAUCGACUCGGCUUCCAGCAACAUCAAACUUGCGCUGGACAAACCUGUGAAGUCCAAGAGGAAGGUCAACCACCGAAAGUACCUGCAGAAGCAGAUUAAGAGGUGCACGGGUAUCAUCUCGCCAGGGACCACACCGGUUCAGGAGCCAUGCAAGAAGCAAGGCUCGCCCCAAAACCCAACAAGCAACUUCUCCAGCAAAACACCACCCAAGAAGGAAGGGAUACAGGCCAACCUGCAAAGCAAGAGCCUGGCUGCCCUCUUUAACCCAGCGAAGGAUGUACGAGGAGAGAGGGCCAAGAAGCCCCCGCUGCGGCAUCGAAACCUUCCUCCAUCCUUUUUCACGGAGCCAGCCAACAGCUCCAGAGUUACAUCCACGUCUGGCAUGUCGCUCAAAGACCUGGAGCGAGGGACUCCGGAAGCGGCAGAGUUCUUGGAGCUUCUUGGACCCGACUACAGCAACAUGGUCUCGGAGCAGGAUCUAUUCCACACCGCACCUAUCAGGAUUCAACAGGAGGUGACCAUGGGCCCUGAGCCAUAUGACUCCCACCAUUUUGUAACUGGUGGGUUUUUGUACACCGAGCCUUGGGGCACUUGUAGCGACACCCCCAAAAAGUCGGGAGACAUGCGGACAGUACCAGUACAGCCAAAUCUUUAUACUCACACGGACCUUUCUGGCAGCGUGCCUGUGGAACAGAGCUCGCCAUGUGCACUUACCUUUUCAAACUUCUUCACAGACUGCUCCACGCCGCCGGUCUCCUACGAUCUGGCAAACGGAUACAACAGAGGGAGCUUUUCUUCUCUUUAAGCCAGAGAUUUUCUUUUUCUCAGACAUUACAUUGGGACAAAAUCACUUUUGCAAUUUCAGCAUGGCAUUGACAAAGGACCCUAUCAACAUGAAAUGUCCAUUUUAAUCCUGAAAUAUUUGCCACAAAACCAGCUAAUGGACCCUUUUAAAACAUCGCUUGAUGGGAUAACAUGUAUACAGUUGCAAACUUUUAAGCCUUACAAUCUAAAGAUGGCCUUAGUUUACAUCGAAGGGUGUCCUUUUCUCCCAAAUUUAAUGAAAACAGAAUGCAUUUCUAAUCAUAUAUUAACAAAACUAUGCCUCAGAGUUUUAUGUUACUGUUCCCUGUAAAUAAAACAACGAAAAAAAAAAAAAAGUU